AUGUUGUCAAACCCAUUCCGCCGUGCUUUUCAGCUACGGCCUCGCUUUGAAUCAUCUUCACUCAUAUUCCGACAUCGCAACCCUUCCCUAAUACCCACAGCACGACCCUACUUUAUCUAUACGACCCCCCCAACGACGUGGAGUGCGCGAUUAUGGUACCGCAAAGAUGGCUCACCGCGUUCCAAGAUACGCGGCCUUGUCAUAGCCUCCAUCUUAGGCGCUGGACUCUAUGCCACCUACAGCACCCUCCUCGUUGUUGAAGCACUCGACUACGAACACUAUCUCCUUUCCACGCUUGUCUACAUCCAGCGCGUCGACUACGACUUCCACUCCAUUCCAAUUUCUCAGUUUGCGCCAACACUAGAUUAUUUCCAGGACCUCGUCGGCUAUUUUAUUCAAGGCGAUGUGCCGCCAGAGAUGCUUGUGGCAUUCUUUCAAGAUCUCGCUUUUCUCGCGCAGUCUUCAGAAACACAAGAGAAGAUACACAAUAUAGUCCGGGAGGCUGCACAAGCAGUCCACAAUUUGCUGGUGGACAGAAAGGGCGAGCAUCCUGUGGAAACAGCGGCUUUAGCCAUCGACAUGCUAGACCACGCCAUGCUUGCACUUAUCGCCAUCGUCGAUGAGGCUGGUGGGGACGAGACUGAGAAGAUGAUACGGGUGAAGCGGCUGAAGGACCAAAUGGCAGGAAAAGAAUCCUCCAAAAGCUAUGAGAUACUGGGUUAG